UAUAUAUCUCUAUGGUUUGGAGGUGCAAUCAGUGAUAUCAUUCAUCAAGAAGAUGAUGAAGAUGGACUCGACGACUAGAUUGUUCUGGAUUUCUGUUGUGGUGUUAGUCAUUUGUGUCUGUUCACUACCAAGAUCAGCCGCAGAGACCGAGGCUUGCCAAAAGGUUUACCGCGAAGGCUGUGCAAUGGCGGUGAUUCGUUCUCCAGACUGUCCUCGUUGGGGUCAGUCACUCUCAUGGGGACCUUUGACUGACUCAACUAUGGUGUAUUGCUCAGAGGCUAUUCUCGAUGCUCUUGGGCAAGAUAUCACUCACAAUCACUUCUUUUGCGACGUUGAUAUUAGGUUUCCUCUCCGCAGUCUCCAGAAACAAGCUACACUUGGGAUCCUAGCUAUUUUUUAUGGCUAUUAUAGCAAUGAAGAGAGUCAGAUUGCUUGGAAGUUUAUUGAGGAAUACUUCUUCCUACACACAUAUUUUCCAUUUGACAUGUAUUACAUUCUAUACUAUUUACUUAUUCUUAAAUUUUGAGAUGAGCGGAUUAUUUGAGUGAGUCAUGUUGUAGAUGAGUAUGCUUUAUUUUGA